GACGUCAAUGUCAUUGCGCAUGCGCACUGAAAUUUUUUCCUCCAACCAUUUUUCGGAAUUUGUUUGGAUUUAUAGCUCACUAUUGAUUGAUCAGAUAUGAGUAGAAAGCCUCAUUCUGGAAAAGAUCCUCCACAGUUACCCAAGAUGAAUAGACAAUUAAAAGUACUACCACCAGAUUCACCAGUGACUGAAUUUCCUAUAAAUGCCGCACAGAGUGCAAUGGGUCCUAUGGAUGCUGAUGGUUUUGUGGACUUGAAGCGUGCAGGUCGGGGUGGCAAUCAACAGCCUCAGGUUAACCUCGCAGGCGGAUUACCUAAAGCUGAUUUUGAAUUGGGAAAAUCACAACUGCAGCCCAGUCAAUAUCAAGUUGUGCAGCCUCAUCUACAAAACCAGCAUGGAUUACAACCUGUACCACAGGGCGAGAUUAGGGUUUUUAACAAGUCACAACUACUGCAAGCAAUGUAUAAAUUGCAACAACAACAGCCAAGGCAGCAGCAGCAAUUAGAGACAGCAUCUCCUUGUCAACACCUUCCAGACCCCACCUCGGCCCUGCAACAUCAGCCAACCCUUAAAAAGCAAGCUUGGAGACAAGACAAGGUUACACAAUCAGAUCAAGGCAAGGCUUUCAAUGCAGAAGACCUGACAUUGCCAUCAGUGGAUGUGGGUUUUGACUGUCUGAAGCUGAAAGAUUCUGCCACAAAGCCCCAUAAGCUAUACACCCAACCAUCUGACACAUUCCAGGAAGGCAAGGUUCAGCUGUGCUCCAAGAAGGGCUGUGAGGAUUUCUUGCUCCAUAUUGACAAGUUGAGAGGCACCACUGGGGUACUGUUGAAUGAUCGUUUCAAGCCCGACGGAGACCGAUAUGAAGAUCGGGCCCAUUACAUCACGAUUAAAGAGCUUGGUGCAGGAUCUUUUGGUACAGUGGACCUGUGUGUUGACUCCGAUAGCCAGCAACAAUUUGUCAGAAAAAAGCUGAAGAAGGCAAGCUUUAACCCAACAGAGGUGUCCGUUCCAGUCAAGGUGCCCCAUGAGAACAUGACACAUGUGUUUGGCAUCAUCAGUAACCCAGACAGUAUAGAGUUGCUCAUUGAAUAUGCUGGCAUAGCCCUUAACCGUUAUGUUGCCAAGCACCUGGACCUGUGGAAGUCUGAAAAACAGAUGUGGAACCUUGUCAGGCAAGGCUUCCGGGCCCUGGCUCACCUUGAUAAAUAUGGUAUCACCCAUCUGGACAUUAAACCUGAAAACCUGUGCAUUCUGACACAAGAUGAUGGAAGCCUAGUACUGAAACUGACAGACUUUGGCUCAGCUCGCACCCCACAAGAAUCCCUCAAGUUUGUUGGCAUGACCCCAGAAUACCUGGCCCCAGAGAUUGCCAAGCUCGUUUUACAGCUUAGGUUCAAGGCUGAGAAUUUCAACUACGGUCUUUCUGAGAAAGAUGUGACAGGCAAGGUUGAUGUCUUUGCAUUCGCACUGGUGAUCAUGUACAUUUACAAGGGCUACCACAUUCUGCAAAAGCUGAUUACCAAGGGUCAGACUUCCUACGCAAACAUCCUUCCCGAACAACAACAGCUGCUCCAAACACAGCUCCUUGUACAGUUGGCGAGUGACAAUACCUUCAUUACGAACCUUAUCCCGGAUGAAUGUAGCCUGGACAUGCGAGACCUCAUCUCAGAUCUGGUGCAACAUGAUCACCAUGGGCGCCCAACAGCUAGUGCUGCCCUGCACAGGGUGGAACGAUAUGUGAAAACAGAAAGUGAUAGACAAGGGGAGGUUCUUCGUUCUCUUGAGAUGAAUUACUUUGGCGUAACAUUUCCAGAAAGCACCCCAAAAUACUCCCCCGUUGGCAGAAAUCUCCCUGAGCUAGCUGAACAAUGCAUGGAGGUUGAUUCGGGCCCAGUUCGCCACGCAACCAAGGACCUUCUCCGAAAGAAAAUCGCCAACCCCUACGUGUCAGGCAAGGGGUUUAAGGGUCAAGGCAAGGGGUUCAAGGGACAAGGAAAGGGCCGCUCCUACACUGAGGCGGGGCGGAGCUCUACAGAGACGAGGCCAUCCCAGUAUAGAGGGAGACCGGUGGCCAGCAAGGUGAUGGAUUUUCCUAUGACGCCGGUCGAGGAAGUGAUGAAGUUGAGAUUGUGCAUUGAGGAACAGCCCGUAUACGGAGUGACAGACAGCCACGCUCCGAUCGCCCAGGCCUCAAUGGAAACAGAAUGCACCAAUGACUGUGAAUUCAUUGCCGACAAUGCCCCUAUGGCCAACAUCCAGGCUUGCCCGAUCCCCCAGUUUCAACAGAUAAACCCCUUCCCUCAGACAGUGCAGGCAUACGCUCAGGCAUCUAAUGUGCAAGAUGUUGACCUACGGAGGCGUGUUUCGUCUCCCCAAACUGUACAAUCCCUGAGACCACAGACACUUCAGACAAUAGGGCAGGCAGCUUCACAGACGACUCGACCAUUCACCAAACGAGAUAUGAUUAAGCAACAGCUGGUACAGUUGAUGCUACGUGCCAACUCCACUCAACUUCAACAGAUCAUUCCUGAGAGCCCUGUAUAUCAGGAUUGCCCGGCUGCCUUGAUGCCAAACUUUGAUCUUCUAAAGUAAUAUCACUGUCGAUCCGUAUUUCCAGUUUUGAUCGACAAGAUAUAUGAUUGCUUUAAACUCCAGAGUGGUGUGGAUUGUUUAUGUACGACAUAAUGGGAAUAAAAUGAUUCAUCGAUGUGCACAUGUAUUAUGUAUUGAUGUGUUUCUUUUGUGGGUUUUUUGGUAUUGUUUUUUUUUCCUUUUUAUUCAUGAUUAACAAGGUGUAUAUGUGAUCAUUUUUAUUUCUCUUUCUCUUUCUUUCAUUCUGUCUUUGUCCAUUGUUCUAUCUCUUGAUUGGUUUUGUCGGAAAUUGUACGAACAUCUUUAAUAGUUGUAUCUGAGAACUCCUUAAGAAAUUUAUUGUAAUAAUGAUAAGUUGAAGAGAAUUUGUUCACUGUUCUAUCUCUUGAUUGGUUUUGUCGGAAAUUGUACAAACAUCUUCUUAGUAAAUUUUUUAAAGAGAAGCAUACAUGUGAAAAAAUCAAAAUAAUAUUCAAGAAAUUAACAUUAUAAGAAAAGAAUUCUAUUUUAUAUUUUUGUAAUAUCUACAUAUACAAAUAUUCUUCUAUUUGUAAUUACAAAGAGAAUAUAUUAACUGGCUAUAUAAUUUAGGGUUAUGGUAAAUAAUAUAAUGGUAUUUUACUUCAUAAACAUUGAGUAUACAUGUAAAGCAAUCUAUUUUUUUUUUUUUUUUUUACGAACACUUACUUAUAAGCUGACCACUAAUUAACUUGUUUUGCCAAAAUUAAAGCAGAAAAAGCAGAUAUUGUUGAUGUGUUGACACAGAAUCAACGUUUAUUUAACUUAUUUUAUACAUUUUCCGAUUUCUGACCAUUUGUAUAUUAUUCGGCAUUUUUCAUCUUGGUGUGCUCAUAUUUUCAUCAUCUAAAUGAAGAUGGUAAUCCAUCAAACAAGCAUAUUGUCAAACUCAUCAUUACUGAUAGCCUUUUUGUUGCAGUUUUUAUGUAUGAGACUUCUUCCAUUCAUUAUUAAUGAUUCUCUGUAGUUUAGGCGGGUGUUUUUAACUUCGUAUUACCAUAUUUUACUGUUUGAAAACCUCAAGACAAACAAAUUAUACUUACUCAAAACAGCCAUUGGUUGGGCUUCGAGUUCAAACACAUAGUUGAACUACAUCCAAUCAUACAACCCAUAUUAAUAUUAUAAUUUCCUUUUAAAACUGAAAAAAGCACCUGCUUAAGUCAACUUGAAAACUCUUUGAGAAAAUGUUGUGCAACUGUAGCGUGUGUGUGUUUUCUCUCCCCCCGAGAGAAUAGUGGUUGAACAGUGCAGCUCUUUGGUUUCUCUAUUGGAACAGAUUAUCAAACACUAUGGUUUUCUGUCAUUUUUGCUGAAUGGUUUCUUUUUCGACUUAUUCUUGUACUUUUCCAUUUCUGAAUUAUUAUUAUUUUGGCGAGGAGAUAAAAAUGAAACAUUAAAGUACUUGAUAUUAAUAUUGAAAAAUUGUCAAAUGAUUCUUCUUGACAACGGGGAUGGUAACAUUAUGUCUGAUCUGGAAUAAAUGUACUAAAACAUAA